AUGUUCAGUCUAUGGUCCACACUGAAGUCCACAAAGACUCCAUCGUAUAUACAAGGUGAUGAAGAGGACUCAAUCGAUCUUCAAAUCAAAUCACUUCUUUAUUGUUUCCGAAGAUUAAGGAUCAAUCGUUUAAGUUCAUUUUUAGGAAUUAAAGAAGGACAAGAGAGAGAAUAUGAAUUAAAAUAUGUCACUGGGUUCGGAUCUUCUUCCAGUGAUAUGGAACUAGCUUCAGAAUAUUAUCAGAAGUUGGAUAAUACCUACAAUAUUGCCGAGUUUCAAAAAAUAUUAAUUGAAGAUGAAUACCGAGUGAUGUGUGAUUAUAUUAAAAAUAAAUUCAGAUCAUUUUGUAUAGUGACGGAGAUGCCAAGUAAUAGUGUUUUAAAAGGAGAUCAUGAAAACCGAAGUUUCCCAUCAAUUGUGGAUUAUAAAGACCGGCCCGUAAAAAACUUUGGGUUUACAGUUCUUCCUUGUGAAAAGGUAAACACUGAAAUCAUUUGUGGGAUUCUUUCACUGUCUUUUAUUUAUACUGAACAUGUACUGAUAGGGUUACCUACUCGAUAUCAAUAUGCCAAACAAUGCAUUGAAUCUGUACUUCCUUUAGAGACGUUAUCACUUUCGUCUUAUAAUAUCACCAAGGAUCAAAGAGCUAAGAUAAUUCAAGGAUAUCUCAAGAAAAUGGCAUUUAAUGUUCAAUUGAAUAGGAUUUAUGAGGAAUACAUGAAGAAAAAUGGCAACAGUUCACAAUUACCAUCUGCAGUUUUGAUGCUGCCAACUCUGCAACGGUCUUCUUUUUCAUCUUCUACAGCACUUCGAGCUUCAACUUCAAUGUCUUCAACAACUUUGACCCCCUCUACAACUCCAUCGAACCUCACUUCGAAUAGUCUCACUAGAUUUGAUGCUCCUAAAAUGUCUCCGAGCUCUUCAGAACGAAGCUUACUGAGAUCACCGUCCCCAACUAGAAGAUUAAAUAAAAAACCUUCAAUUUCAAAACUUAGACUUGGGGAACUUUAUAACCCCGUGGUUUCACCGCAGUCUACUACUACAGAUGUAUCUCAAAAAAGAAAUAAUCCUGAAAUUAGAAUUGAUGUAUGGGAUAAAUGUAAACUAGCAGUUUCGGAAAGGCUUUCUCGAGAAAAGAAAUUACUCUCAAUGACAUAG